AUGAGACAAAUCAAACGUAAUCUAACUAAACGAUAUUCAGUCGCGAUGGACGGCAGGCCGUUCGCGAAGGCCCAAUCCAACGGGACUUACGACGCGCCGAAGGGCAGGAAGCCGCCGAUCUACGAGAACUGCGAGAGGGACGCGCACGUGUACGCGAAUGUGAGCUUCAACGACACCAAGAGCUUGGCCGCCAAGGUCGAGAUUCCCUUGACCAGGGCGGGCUUCAAAGAGGAGUUGAGGACCGUCGUCGGCGAGAAGAGGGGCGGCAGCGGAGAAGCGCCCCCACUGCCGGAGAAGCCCACGACGCCCCCUAGCGACGGGAAGAAGGACUCGGGCACCCUAUCCAGGAAGACCUACUUCUCGUUCAAGUCCCGCUUCAGGAGGGCGUCGUCGAUGGCGGCGGACGUCAACUCGGACGUGCCGAGCGCCCUCAAGAUCACCAACUCGACGUUCUACCUCACGGACUCGAUGGACGGCGACUCCGGAUUCAGCAACUGCAGCGACAGCGGCGCGGCCGGAGCGGAGGCGCUGUCCGCCGCGGCGUCGGCGCGCCGCCGCGACGGUACGCGCGCGUGGGCCGAGUCCGCGCCCUGCCUCGCGCCCGCCGCGCUCGAGCGGCCCGCGCAGCCCCCGCCGCCGCCCCCCCGCCGCCCCGCACGCCCCGCACGCGCCCCCCGCGCCGCCCCCGCCGCCCGCGCCCCACGCGCCCCACGCGCACACCGACCU